AUGACACUGCUUCCCAUCACGGUGACCACUCCUCUGGGAGUGAAGAAGGUGGCGCUGCUGCUGCCGUACGUCGUGUCGCAGCGCUACAAGUUCUUCUCGCUCUUCAUGUUCGGAGGCGCGUUUCUGCUCACAGCAGGAAUGCUCAACAGUUAUAAGUUAGCGUCAAGUAACGUCAGCCUGUUUAAUUUAGCAGCAACAACGACAACGACAACAACGACGACUACGACGACGACCACAGUGGCGCCGCGAAUGGCGAUCUGCUACACGGCCCAAUUCAACUCAGCACAGGCCAACGAGUACUUUGUGCUGACCCAGAGGGACGGAGAACCCGUCAUGCUUCAGGGCAACGCCUUCGGUGACCUGGUAACUGACACGACCACGCCUCUCUUCCUGAAGCCAGGAGGGGACGAGAACUGUGCCAUGGACUCGCUCGAAACGCUGGCCUCCAGUGGCACAUUUGAUCUUAGUGAGAUGAUGUACUCGCUGACGUUCCCGAGCACGUACUCGAUCACCAAUGGCGGCACCGACCUGAACGGCAUGAACAUCUCGCUCAACAACCUCAACAACGGCUGCUGUACCAUCCAGAGGAUAUUCUAAACACCCGAGUUGUGCGGAGCGAUGCUAAAGCGAUGUGGCGACUUAUUUAGUAGCUAGUGCAUGCUAUGACAGCAGUUUGCACCUCGGUGUGGAUAAAAUUGGAGCUUGAAUGCUGCGGAAGGGAGGGUUGUUCGUUUAGGUAUUCGUCACGGGUUGCGCUGAUGUGUGUGAGGCAGCUCAAGUUGUGUGUGUUUGGUCAUAACCCUUUGCAGAUUUGCCAUCAUUAGACUAGUUAGUUGGUAAACUGAACGAGUUAUUGUCAAUGCGUUUAGCUGCUGGCUGCCGUAAGGUUGGUGUACUAUUGUUGUGUUUGUGUGGCUGCAUAACGAACUGUACCGUGUACAGCACGCGCACGUUUUCUCUGGGCAUUACACAGAAUCAUGAGGAAA